UUUGUUAAGUUCAAGGAGCUGAAGUCUGUCGCCCGCCUCUGAGCUCCUCUGUCUGGGUCACAGAGCUCACCCUUAACAAAAUGUCUGACACAGAAGAAGUCGGGGAGGAAGAAAUUCAGGAAGAAGAUGCACAAGAUGACUCAAAGCCCAAGCCUAAGUUUAUGACAAACAUUUCGGCCCCGAAGAUCCCUGAUGGUGAAAAGGUGGACUUUGAUGAUAUCUACAGGAAACGUCAGGAGAAGGAUCUAGCUGAGCUGCAGUCUCUGAUCGAGGCUCACUUUGUCCAGAGGAAGAAAGAGGAAGAAGAACUCAUUGCCCUCGUUAAUAGAAUUGAGAAGCGUCGUUCUGAGAGAGCCGAGCAGCAAAGGAUCAGGGCGGAGAGAGAAAAGGAGAGACAGAACAGACUUGCGGAGGAGAAGGAGCGUAAGGAGCAGGAGGAACAAAGGAAGAAGAUGGAUGAGGACGCAAAGAAGAAGAAGGCCCUCUCAAACAUGUCUCAGCAGUACGGUGCUGGACAGAAGAGUGACACCAGAAGAGGCAAGAAAACAACUGAGAGAGAGAAGAAGAAGAAGAUACUGGCUGAACGCAAGAAACCUCUUAACGUUGAUCACCUGAACGAGGAUAAACUCAAGGAUAAAGCCAAAGAACUGUGGCAGUCACUGAUGGGGCUGGAGGCUGAGAAGUUCGACCUCAGUGAGAAACUUAAAAGACAGAAAUAUGAUAUCAACCUGCUUCUCGCUCGUGUUCAGGAUCACCAGAGUGCCAAAGGUCGUGGAAAAGGCAAGAUGGGCCGGGUGAGAUAAAGCUGCUACAAGAUAGAGUCGAGGCAGACGGUGACACCAGCGAUGGACCCUGGUGUCUAUUGUCCA